GUAUUAAUGAAAAACAUAAAUUUUUAUUUUUAAUGCCUUUUAAGUUUGAAUUCGAUAACUUUUUAAUAAAAUAAUUAUGCAAUCGGGAGCCCAAAGCCAUCACUAAAAAGCUUUCGCUUCACAUUCAACACAACGCGCCAUUUCAAUAAUUUUUUUUAUUUUCUGGACAACAAAUAAACAGUGACUGUAAAUAAUGGAGGAGUCAUACUAUCCCUGCGGUCCCCAACUGCUCAAAGAACCCGUGUCCUAUUCCGAUCUCGUGGAAAAGGGCGCUGAAUUCGAGGUAGACAUGUCGCAGCAUCACCAUAAUCCCUGCGAAGAGUUUCUGGGUCACGAUAGCGACAGUGACUAUGAAGAUGCAGAGGAUGUAGACAACGAGGCGCUGCGUUCCCCGUGGACACAAUCCUUUGACGAGCUGCGUGAUCUGAUGAACAAAAUCAAUGAGCACAUCUACAAGCGGAUCAUUCGCGAGGGCCACGUGGAGCGGGAUAUGGUUCCGGAUAAGGCGAGGGUUACGGUGAGAUACAGUGGUUACUGGGAAGGUGAGGGCGCUCCCUUCGACUCCUCCAUGCUGCGGGGAACGAAAUUCGAGUUUGAAACAGGUCAGCGCAAGGUGCUGGAGGGCCUGGAAGCUGCAGUGCGCACGAUGCGUCCUUACGAGCAGGCCGAGUUCAUCAUCUCUCACAAGUUGCUCUUCAGAGAACUCGGGUGCCCCCCGAGAAUCAAACCCAAGGCGGAUGGCCUCUUCAAGGUGGAGGUUAUCGACUAUUCGCUUAUAGGGGAUGCGGAAUCCAUCGAUGAGAUCGCUAACGAAGACCGGGACAAGUUUUUCGUGGUCUAUCCCAAGGCGCAGGACCUGCACCUGCACGGCAAGGAUUGCGUAAAGCGCGGGCGCUUUCGUAACGCAGCAACUGCCUUUGAACGAGCGGUCAACUCUCUGAACUACUGCCGAAUGGCUAAUGACGAGGAACAGCGCAGACAAAAGGAUAUGUUGAUAACCCUUACUCAAAACCUGAUGAUAAUCUACAACAAACUGAACAACCCGAAGCUUACUUGCAUUAUGAUGAAGUCCUUACUGCGUCUGACCGAGAAUAAUCCAUCCAGCAAGGCGCUGUUCCAGGAGGGACGCGCCCUAGCUGCUUUGGGCGAUUACGAUCGGGCACGAAGGGCUCUUCUGCAGGCUCGGAGCAAGCUCCCGGAGAACAAGGAGAUCAAUGAUGAGCUCAUUUCCAUUGACAAGAGAAUCAGCAAAUAUCAGGAGGCCAGUCGAGAUAUUUGGACGCGGGCUUUCGCUGCGAAGAGCUCACAAACAGACCGCCCAAAAACGGCAGCUGAGCUGGAGAAAGAAGCCAAGGAGAUAGAAUUUAAUGCAGAAAUUCAAGAUAUAAUCAAUGAAUUCGAAAAAUCGGACAGGCUGACUAUGAGCUUCUCUCGUAAAAUGUUUUCGGAUGCCCAAUUCAGAAUCAUUUGUAAUCUGGUCAAGGAUCGUAAUAUGAAGCUUACUUUGUCUCCCAUUCACGAGGAUGUCUUGACUUUAUCUAAGUCGGACCGCAAUUCGAAUUAAGCUUACUGAAGAAAACAGUAGUUCGUAUUUAUAUUUUAUAACGCAUUCGAAAAACAAAACAAUACUGUAUCAAAUAUGAAAAAAAUGCAGUCCGAGUUAAGACAUUCAACAUAUAUAGAGCCUCUACCAAUAUGAAUAUAUACAGCUACUUAAGAUGUUAAGUCUUAAAAAAUGGAUCUCCAAGUUAUAUUUAAUUUCAUGUAUAGACCCUUAGUUCUUGCGGAACUAUACAUUUUGUUAUUGCCUAGAAUAAACAAUCAUAGUUUUA